AUGAAUGGAGAUAUCGAGCUUCCGGGGGGUGCUCAUGUACCUGCGGCUCCAGGCCGAUAUCACGUCGAUCCCCCGCCAGAUCUGAAUGAAGUGACGGAUAAACGGUUCUUUCUCGAGUACGAUUUCCCGCUUCUCAUUGUGCGCGACGUUGCUUCUGAUGCUGGAUCGGAAAUGGAGAAACUCGAGGCACACGGUCAAGCAAGCGACUGGAAAAUGAAUCAACGACGUUCUGGGUAUCAUAUUGAGCUUGACCACGCCGGCUACCAGUUCAACCUACCAAGCUCUAGCCAAGAAGAUGCCUAUCAAUUCCAGUUCAUUCCCAGCAUUUCGUACGUUGAUCAAAGCACCUGGUCUGCUGUAUCCGCUCAAGAUAAAGGGAAGUCAUACGUCCCAUGCGUCCCAACUGUUGUAAUUGAACGGGUGACUGCUACGGAAAAAGUUGAUAGUCUUCACAGCAAAAUGUCCAAGUUUAUCAACUGUGGCACCCGUGAAGGAGUUGUGGUGGACACCAGAGGAGAUCGAGUGUGGGUCUACAAUCGAGGAGAAGAACCGACGUGCGAGAAGUUGGACACGGUUCUCUUCGAUAACUGGCCUGAGUUUGAGCUCGACUGCCUCGCGAUCCGUGAUGCUCGCGUCCGCGCUGGACUUAAAUAG